UUUCAUUUCAACAAGGACAUCGGAACGAGUCAGUUGCAGAUUUUUCUCUUGGAUGAGCGACUUCCAUGUGCAUCUUUCCUGUUAGAACUUGGUUUCUUUCAAAAAUUGAAAUUCCUUCUUCGUGCGUGUGUGCUAGUCGGGUCAACAGCAUAAAAGAAAUAUAAAAGCUGCAAAAUACGAGAUGCCAAAAAACAAGAACAAACCAAACGCCUUCUUGGCCUUCAUGAUUGAAUGGAAAAAAAACCAAGAACGUAAAGGGCGUACUUUCCCCAAUGGACUCAAAGAUAUCCAAAUGGACCCUGACUGCAACAAGGAGUGGCAAGAAUUGUCUGAGCACGAUAAGGCGUACUACAAAGAACUUUGUAAAAAGGAGACCACACAGAAAACUAAAAAGAGAACUGGUAUCGGAGAAUUGGUGGAAGAUAUUAAAAUAGCUGAACAGAAAGAAAAAGAAUUCCAUGACAAUAUGAUAGAGUACAUUUCUGAUCUGAUAAAAAUGGCCAAGGUCAAAAAUGCCGUACCGGAUAUAAAAUUUUUUCUCAUCCACGUCAACUACUUCUAUUUUCGAGUAAUAGACAACAACCAACUUGAAUACUAUCCAGCUGAAAUAGCGAUUGGGGAAUUCACGCUGAGGGAUGGUCUCUCACGAAUUUACAAUGUUAUCAUCAACGAAAAAAUCAUAAUGGGCCAUACUCAAUCUGCCAAAGAGCAGAGCGAAAAGACCCACCAAAUUCCAAUUGAGCCGGAAUUCGGGAAAGAAGAUUAUUGUCAAAUUUUUCGCGAAAUUUGCGAAUUUCUCGAGCCUGCUAAAAAAAAUGGAACGUAUCCUCCAUUGUAUACAGUAAGCAAAAUGGAAGACAUUCAUACUUGUGCAAAAUCCGUACUCGCAAGGUUAUCAGCUGCAAACAAUGAAUCCGACCAAUUCUUUAAAUUGUACUCUUUUGAAGAUUUUUUUACAAUCCUGUACAACUCAAUCGAUGCAAUGGUUAUUUCGUGUCCCCUUGAACCCGUCACUGCAUUGAUUGAAAUUAAAAAAGAUCCCUAUGGUUAUAAACCAGAUCUUUGUUGCACUUAUCACGAAUCCGUUCAAGUUGGGACGCUACAUUGUAGUCAUUCUAUCAUUCAGCGUUGGUUUUUCAUAUUGUGCAAUUUUUGCUGUGAACCCUUAGGUAUUGAUAUGAUACAAGGAGUUCACUUACCUAAAGAACACAUCUAUCUUACAGAAUCUUUAGCUGCGUUAAGUAUUUGUAACAGAAGCAGAAGGUCAAGUUCCUUAAUGUCAUUAUCUGAGUCGAGUUACGAUCACAAAAAGCAUUCAUCUGAAAGAACGUAUGCUGAAGAACAGCGUCGCAGAGCUGAAGCUAGUUCAAGACCACUUUACAUCGUUCAAAAAAGUCAAGUGAAACCACCUCCUGUUAAAAAGCCUCAGGAACCUGUUGUGCAAAGGCCCUUGCGACUUCCGCUAACCAAAAGUGUUGGGUUGACUUUUGAUAGCACUGAUACAGAGAGUAUGACAGAUAGUUUAUUCAGUGAGUGCAGUUUCCCAUCUAUUGGAAGAGGUGCCAUUAAAAAAAAAACUGAGCCAAAACGUAAUGGUGCAGGCCAUGGUUACGCAGAUGCUGUCAAAUCAUAGAUCAUUUUAGUUAUUGAUAUUUUAUUUCAAUAAUUUUUGUCUUUAUCAUAACAUUCGAAGUAG